AUGUCAACUGUGCCCCCUCCCUCCUUCCAUUGCUGCACUGCUGUUUCUCCCUGUGGGAUAGCCCCCCUUUGCCAUGUGAAUCCUGCUGACCCCCUUACACUGCCUGCACUGAUCAGAGUAAAAGUGGGUUCUGAAGGUAAGGAGGAUGGCAUCACCAUACUCCAUUAA